AGAUAUAAAGGCGCUUUCCCCCUUUUGUUGACUUUACCCCACCCCAAGAUUAUAUAUUGAUGAAAAUUUGAUGACGACAUAAUUGAUGAUUUCAUAGUAGAUCUCCCUAUCCUAUAUUUAACCGCAAUGAUAACAUUUUUACUCUCGUCCCACUCGUACUCCUAUUCCUUGUAACCUUUUUUCUCUUCAUCUACUCUUCUUUCUACUUGUUAUUUUGAUCACGAACACAAAAAUGCCGAAGACCAACUUUGCUUCUCGUGAGGACGAGUCCUUGCAUGGGAACUUUGUGCGGUCGACCAAGGACCUGGACAGCGUGCUCAAGGACGUUGAGGUGGACACGGAUCCACCAGUUGGGUCCUCCUUUUGGGUUGUGGCGCCAUCGUUGAAGUGUCAACGCGAUCUUUCGACGUUGAGCAGACUCACCGGAAGCGAUUUGAUACAGAAUCAGGUACAAACAAUACUUUCAGGAGCGUGAAGAUGAUGUAGCAAACUACUCUGACAACUUUUUUCUGCUGAGGUAGAUGAAACUGAAGGUUUCAGCAAUUUCAUUAUCUCAACUGAAUAGGAUUGGGAACAGGUACGGGGGAGGGAGGCUGUCACUCACUUUUAACAAACUCUAUAAAAAUCUUCAAUGCCAGGAGUCUAUGACCUUAUAGCCCUAUCUUCUUCAAUGUCUUCUAUGACCUUAUAGCUCUAUCUUCUUCAAUGCCAGUCUAUAACCUUAUAGCCCUAUCUUCAAUGUCUAAGUCUAUGACCUCACAUGCAAGAUCAGAAUUAAAUUGCAGGUGGUCUACUGCGCUGGCGCUUGUGUCUGGUUGGAUCCACCACUGCAGGGAACGUGUCGGAUGCCCAUCUGGAAAAAGCCGGUCGCAGGCAUGCCUCCGAAGCAGCGCGCAAAGGAGACUGUGCAUUGGGUUACCUAUUACAAUUAAGACUUCCGCAACAAGUCAGCUCCCAUUAUUUUGAGAAGCAGCAUCUUGGACCACCUCCCGUGUAAGGGGGAAUAAACGGAUCCAAGAUGACUUGUUUCUUCACGAUGGAAUACUAUUUUGUGUGAACAAUCAAUCCAAAGUGACUUUCAAGUACUUAACCAUGUAGCAAGGGGUCUAGCGCGGAUAGUUACUAUUGUUUCAAUAACACGGAUAAGUAGAAUACUAUGUGAAAAAUCCAAGAUGCCUUUCAAGUGACCAUGUACGGGGUCUAACGCGGAUAGUUACUAUUUUUAUUUCACAAUAACACGGAUAAGAAUACUAUUGUUCCGUGUAAAACAAUCCAAAGUGACUCUGACUUUCUUCACGAUGGAAUGAUAUCUGUGUGAGAGCUCUAAUAGAAUGCAGAAGAGAAGGACAAGAUGAAGAAAUACCAACUGGUCCCAGAGGGGGAUGAGCUGCUGUACUUCCGUGCGUGGCUUGCGCACCGAUACGGAAAGAUGAUGCGAGGUGCUGACGGCGCGUGCGAUACCAGCUGGUGGUACAAGUUUUACAUGAAGCUCGAUGACGACAAGAGUAAUUCGGUGUCCAUGGAGGAAUUUCAGACGGGGCUCUCCCGAUUGGGCUACCCCGACUACUUCCGCACCCCUUUGAACCAAGAACGACGCGCAAAUUUGCUCACUUUGUUGGAUACGGAUAAAAGCGGGGACCUCUCUUUCGAGGAAUUUGGAGUGGUACUCGGCAUUUCGCCAGCGGAAAUUUCGGCAAAGGUACUUACUCUUACUACUUCUAUUUAGAAUUGUUAUGAUGGACAAGCAAUGUCAGGAUCUUCUUUUUAAUCUUCCCUGACCAGGAUCAGUCUUGUUCCUAGGAAUUACACAUGCAUACCUCAGGCGGUAGAUCUGUGCCACUUUGGAAACAUACUUUCCUGCAUGAUUUUUUUGUAAUCAUUUGGGUUCCACGUUUCCUACAACAAUGAACAAUUCUGGGCUAACUCACAGAUUGACUUCGCCUGUAGUCAAGAUACUGCCUUUCUGCUCAUGACAAUUUCUUAUCUCAUCAACGUAGCAGCAUUUUUGAGGUCAGUUCAGGAUCAAGAUCAAGAUCAUCUGAAAGUCCGGAAACAUACUUUCCUGCAUGGCUCACCUAGUAGUCUUACGGGUUCCACGUUUCCUACAACAAUGAACAAUUCUGGGCUUACUCACAGACUGACUUCGGCUGUGGUCAUCCUGCCUUGAUGCUCAUGACAAUCCUGUUGUAGAUACUUGGUCCAGCAUUUCCUCGAACAUCAGUAAAAUGUUCUCCAAGCUCAUGUUUCAAAAUAGUUGUACUAUCAUUUUGAUCAUCCCUCUCCUGUAAUAUCUUCCAAGGCACGACUAGGACUAGGGUCGUCAAUCAAGACAGAGUACAAGGACCACGUCUUGUAUCUUGUUCAUGAUCACCAUCAACUACGUUCGGCAUGAUCACCAUCAACUACGUUCGGCAUGAUCAUCUUCAUGAUCACCAUCAACAUCAAAAUUAUUGAUGAUCUUCCCCUCAUCUACAUCUUCUAUAGGUUCAAGAGUACAGGGACGACCGAAAGGAAGAAGAGUUUUACAAGAGGAUCAUGAAGGUGACCUUCACUGACGAGGAAUGCUAUGUGAUGGGCCCGGACGGGCGCAAGCGGUACAGCAUGCGGCAAGCUUACAACAACCUCCUCCGCAACCGAGACAACGCGUCUCGCAAGAAAACCAAUACGGAGUCUCAGCGCAACAGCGACAAGAUCUACCUGAACAAGUGGGUGCUGCGGAGUGCGGACAACUUCGGGUCGUGGAUCUCGCAGUCCCAACAGGACGGCUUCGACGACAAGGACUUGUGGGCUAAGCACGAUAAGGUUUGGUGCUGUCGUUUGUCCGCGGCGGGCGCGAACAAGAAGAUCCCCAAGGCCUUGCGAGAUGGCUUUGGCGAGAAGGGCAAAUUCAACAACGACAAAGCACUGGAGGAACAGCAGAUUCGUGACGCGCAAUUGGCGGAAAAGCGUGUCCCGUUGGAUGUCGAAUUGAACAACUUGCAACAGCAUUUGAAGGAGAUAUUUGGUGACAUCACGAGCCCAGCAGUGCGUGCCCAAAUCUUUUCUGCUUUGGAUGCGAACGGGGAUGGAACCGUGACCGCGCAAGAGUUCAUGCAAGCCAUGGCGGGAAAUAUCCAUUACCCACCGGGGCCGUCGACCGCCAGUGCAAUAAGGAGAAGGAAGAGAAUUUUCUACCAUUUGGACAUGGACUGCAGCGGAGAACUGGACUCGGAGGAAAUCACAGCUGCCUUGUUGGGAGAGAAAGAAGUUCCGGUUUACAGCGCCACACUCGCGAAAACGGGUUUCUCCCGACUCAUCAACAAGAAGGCAAUGCGCGAUGGGACUGUGUAA